CACCAUGGCUGCUUACGACGACACCAAGGACCUAGCCGCGACGGGCAUCACGCCCGUCGUCGACUCGCACGGCGACGUCGAGUCCCAGCCCGAUAACACCAAGUACGACACGCUCGUCGACGUGAACACGGGGUUGUACGAUGGUGUCCACCGUGGUAUGGAGCAGCGCCACCUGCAGAUGUACGCUCUCGCGGGCACGCUCGGCACCGGCCUCUUCCUGACCUCGGGCAAGGCGAUCUCGCACGGCGGUCCCGCCGGCGCACUGCUCGCAUACAUCACCAUGGGCGCGAUCAUCUUCUCCAUGAACGUCUGCCUGGGCGAGAUGGCAACCUACGCGCCCAUCUCGGGCGGAUACCUGCACUUUGCCGAGCGGUGGCUGCACCCGUCGGUCGGCUUCGCACUCGGCUGGCAGGGCGUGCUGGGCGGCUGUGUCUCCAACGCCUCCGAGGUCGUCGCGGCGGCCAUCCUUAUUUCAUUCUGGGACACCAACUUCAGCACGGCGCACCAGGUCGGCUACAUCAUCGCCUUGAUCGUCGUGUGCGGCGUCAUCAACUUCCUCGGCGUGCGGUGGUUCGGCGAGAGCGAGUUCUGGUUCGCGCUCAUCAAGAUUGCGCUCAUCGUCGGCCUUAUCCUCGCUGGCUUGAUCGUCGACCUCGGCGGCGGACCGAACCAUGACCGCAUCGGCUUCAGGUACUGGAAGGACCCCGGAGCGUUCAACGCGUACGUCGUGCCCGGGAGCACGGGCAAGUUCCUCGGCUGGUUCGCGAACUUGAUUACUGCGGCGUACUCGUUCUCGGGCAUCGAGUUCAUCGGCAUGGCUGCUGCCGAGGUCAAGAACCCGCGCGUGUCGAUCCCCAAGGCCGUCCGCCGCCUGUUCAUCCGCCUCACGCUCUUCUACGUGCUCGGCAUCUUGAUCGUCGGCAUGCUCGUGCCCUCCAACGACCCCAAGCUGCUCCAGUCGACCGGGACGGCCGCGUCGUCGCCGUUCGUCCUUGCCUUCUCGCGCGCCGGCAUCAAGGUGCUUCCUUCUAUCAUCAACGCCGCGGUGCUCACCUCCGCCAUCUCGGCCUGCUCGACCGGUAUCUUCAACUCGUCGCGUAAGCUGUACGGUCUCGCGCUCCGUGGCCAGGGCCCGUCCAUCUUCGCGCGCACCACCGCCAAGGGCCUGCCGUGGGUGGCCGUCUCGUUCGUGUCCUUCUGGAUGCUGCUCGCCUUCCUCUCGCUCUCGGACGGUUCCAACGCUGCGCUCGAGUGGCUGUCCAACAUCACCACCCUGGCGUCGUUCAUCAACUGGAUGGCCAUUGCCGCGACGUUCAUUCGUUUCAAGAAGGGCCUCGAGGCGCAGGGCAUCGACCGCAAGUCGCUCCACUACUACUCGAGCCUGCAGCCCUUCCACGCGUGGUUCUGCCUCAUCGCCCUGUCGAUCAUCGUCUUCUUCUCGGGAUGGAAGGUCUUCAUCCACGGCCACUGGUCGGCCCCGUCGUUCGUGUCCAACUACCUCAACCUGCCAUUCUUCUUCGUGCUCAUGGCCGGCUAUGCGCUCUUCAAGCGUGACCCCUGGCUCCGUCCUGACCAGCUCGACUUCUUCUCCAACAUCCCCACGGACGACGAGGUCGCGUACGAGGAGCCGCCUCCCAAGAACGCCUUUAUGAAGGUGGUCAACUACGUCUUCACUUAGGCGGGAGACGGAGGACGUCGGGUGUUGGUUGGCGUUAGAUGCGGAGCGCUAGUGGUGCUCGUACGGGCAGUCGCCCAUUGUAUGAAUCUGGUUCAAGGGUUA